GAAGCAGGAAGUGUGAUUUGCGAUAUCUGCCUUCUGUGUGCAUGACUGUGUGUGUGUGUGUCUAAAAUUAAACUGACUUGCGCUAUAAAUUGUGGACUACAGUAUGUCUUUGAAACUACCUCGCAACUGGGAUUUCAGCACCUUCAAAGUUGAGACAGCUCGCAUUGCGCGUUCUAAGAGCUUACUAACUGGUGAGGGGAGUUCAGGUCCAACUCCAGGCUCACAACGCUCCUUCAAGUCCAUGGAGAGGCCUUUGAAAUCUGGCUGGCUCAAGAAACAGCAAAAGUCUCUCGUGAAGAACUGGCACCAGCGCUACUUUGUGCUGAGGGGGAGCACUUUGACCUACCACAAAGAUGACCGUGAAACGACCAUCCUGGGCUUUAUCCAGCUUCAGUUCAGCAAGGUCAAUGAACUCCCCUCAAACUCAGAUGAGCCUGGAAAGUUCAUCUUUGAAAUCAUACCAGGUACAAGUGCAGAUAAAGAGCGAUGUCUGCACGUGUUCAUGGCCAGCUCACAAACUGAUAUGGAUGAGUGGGUCCGAACCCUGCGCAGAGUCAUCGGUGUUCAAAGUGGAGUGUUUGGAAAAAGUCUGAAGGACACAGCAAUGUAUGAGCAACGUUUUGGACCGCAGAUGGUGCCCAUACUGGUGCAGAAGUGUGUGGAGUUUAUCAAAGAACAUGGUCUAAAUGAGGAGGGCAUCUUCCGCCUCCCUGGUCAAGACAACAGCGUCAAACAAUUCAGAAACGCCUUUGACGCAGGAGAGAGGCCAUCCUUCCCCAGUGACACAGAUGUCCACACAGUGGCGUCACUGCUCAAGUUGUACUUGCGUGAGCUGCCCGAGCCUGUGGUGCCAUGGACUCAGUAUCAAGACUUUUUGGACUGCAUCAGCGCGCUGGAUUCUACCAAUGAAGAAGUUACAAAAAAGUUAGAGAAACAGAUUGCCCUUCUCCCUAGACUCAACUACAACCUGCUAAGUUAUGUCUGCCGGUUCUUAUUUGAGGUUCAGCUGAACUCUAAAGUCAACAAAAUGAAUGUGGAGAACCUGGCCACAGUGAUGGGGAUCAACCUGCUCAAACCACAGUUAGAAGACCCCAUCUCAGUCAUGGAGGCAACUCCUCACAUCCAGAAGUUGAUGACGGUGAUGAUCCGACAACACGAGACUUUGUUUCCACUAUGUAACGACGUGCCUCCCUCCCCUCCUUCCAACAAAGCCGAGAACCAGAAGAACUCGCCUCGCAACUUUGUUGGCUGGGGAUCUACUGAGAUGGGCGAAACUUCAUUCUCUGAGUCUCCCAAUGUGGAAGAAAAUGACAGUCAUGCUCCUCUGAGAGGAAACUUCAGUGCUCCUGAUGUCCUGCAAGAUUCCAUGUUGUGUUCUGACAACUGGUCUGGGAGCCCCCGCAAACGCACCCAAACUCUGCCUACUUUCAACUGCCCCCUCACGGGGAUGGCGGCAAGGGCUGGUGCCAUCAACCACUGGAGUCGCCUGCAUGAACAAGUGCAAGACAAGAGUGGGACGUUGUCAGAGGACAUCUUUAAGAUUCUAGAUCUCCGCACUUCAGGAUCUUUUCUAAAAGGCUUACCAACCAGAAUCAAGGAGGGAGACGUAAAGUCCCGAGCGCAAGACAAAACGUAUAACACUGCUUCCACUACUUCUAACUCCAAAACAAUUGACAGUGACUCGAAGCCUGCUCAGGCCCAAACGAGUGUUGAGCGCUUGGAACAGAGUCCUUUAAGUCAGGAGGUCAACAAUAGGACUGAAGAGACGAGAGACAACCAGCAGUGUCUUGACAGUAUGCAGCAGGAAAUGAAGGAGCUGAGGGCCACUGUGAUUGAACUUCAGUCUACUCUGGAGGCAGAGCAUCGCCGUGUGGAAGCUUUGGAAAUAUGCCUCAGAAAUGCAGAACGAAGCCGAGAUGAAGCUCAGAGACGAAAUGAAGAACUGCAACGGGAUAUUCAGCAAUUUCUCAGUCGAAAACCCCAAACUCCCACUUAACGGUUGGGAAAUGUUAUUGUUUUAUGGUUGAUUAUUAUUGGUAAUUAUUUCCAAAUGUUAAAGGAGAUGUAACAGGCUGUUAGUUUUUCCAGAUGUCUUGACCCAUUGAAUCGUCUGCUUGGAUAAACGAGUAUAUA